AAUAAACAGUGACGACGACUUGACAACAUUGCGUUUGUGAAUAUUUUAAAAUGGAAAAUAGUUCAGAAGUUCAAGUUACAAUUAAGAAACCUGGAAGGGUUCUACAUUUUAGCGAUGGUGUUGAAGAAGAAAUAGAAGAAGAGGAAGUAGCAGAGUUAGCGAGUGAACCACAAGAAACGAAUGUUGAUCCGAAAUCUUUACAAUGGGGUCCCUGGUUCUCCCAUUAUGCAUGGAAGUCAGGUAACAAAGUUCUGAAUGCAGUUGACUAUGCUGGCGAGUCACUGGCUAGUUUCUUUGGCAUUACCACACCAAAAUACCAAAUAGAAAUUGAUGAAUAUGAAAGAAUAAAAGAAGAAAAAAGAAAAAUGGAUGAAGAUUCUGCUGGUUGGGUACCCAAGAACGGCGGCGGAGACAUACCUUUAGUUCUCAAUGAACCCAUCAAAGACAAAGCAGAGGUUUAGAAAAAAAAUAGAACAGUCUACUUCUCUUUGGUUUAUUCAGUAUUGGUAUUCGAUUAGUGACAUUAUUGAUAUUACUUUAAGAUUUAUUUUUCAAUAUCCAAUUAUAUGUAUCUGUCAAUAUUUUAUCUUGUUGUGUAAGUAAUAAUUUAUUGUCUGUUAUUGUUUUUUUUUUUUAAAUGAAAUGCAACUGGUAAAGUUCUGAGUACAUUGUGUAUAAGAAAGAAUAAUUUUAAUAUACCUAUAGGAUAAUAUUGAUCAAUUUGUUUCUGGAAAUUAAUAAGAAAGGAAUUUGAUUAUGUCUCGAUUUUAUUUGUGUUAUAUUGUAUAACGUUUUUUUAACUAAGAUAGUAUUAGAUGUGACUAAAUCUAUGUG